AAAACUAAUGAUAAUAAUAAGACACAAAACAACAAAAAUCAAUGAAACAGCUCAAAUAUUCUCCUAAUAAUGUAAAAUAAAAUAAAAUAAAAUGCUUCACCUUUUUUCUCUAACUCAUCUUCAAAAACCAAAACGCACAAAUCAUAAUCACACUCACUCUUCCUCUUCCUUCCUCCUUCUGCAACAACAAAAUGACAACAAAACCAACCAAUCUCUUAACAACAAAACCUUCACCAUUAACAACAAUGGUAACACUCUUAAUCCUAUGCAUUCUUUCUUUCUACGCUUUUCAUUUCCCACACUCUCUUCUUUCAUCUUCAACCAAACCCUCCACAAUACAAAAUCUCUUUCUCUCUUCUUCUUCCAACUCAACCAUAUCUUCUUACCUCCGCACCCUCACCAUGCACCCUCACCUCGCCGGAACAAAACCCAAUUCCGACACAGCACUUUUCCUUCUCAAACACUUCACUUCCUUAAACCUCAAAACCCACACAACAUCAUACAAAACACUUCUUUCCUACCCAUUACACUCUUCUCUCUCUUCUCAUUUCAAAAACGGUUCUUUCAUUAAUCUCCCUUUAACUGAACCAUCUGAACCCGGUUCAGACAUGGUUCAUGCCUACCACGCCUAUUCACCUUCCGGUUCAGUUUAUUCUAAACCGGUUUUCGUUAACUAUGGUAGAGAUAAAGACUAUCGUGCGCUUGGUUCACUUGGUGUUAACGUUAAGGGAUGUAUAGUGAUAGUGAGAAAAGGUGGUGGUUUAGGGAGGAAUACGGUGGUUGAAAAGGCUGAGAAAAAUGGGGCUGCGGCGGUUUUAAUUUACAACGAUGAAGUUGACACGUGGCGUAAUGGGUUUGAGAGAGGUCACGUGAUGAAAGGUGUGGGGGACCCAUUGAGUCCUGGUUGGGGUAGUGUUGAUGGUAGUGAGAGGUUAAGUUUGGAUGAUAAUGAAGUUUUGGAAAGGUUCCCUAAAAUUCCUUCUAUGCCAAUUUCUGUUGAUGCUGCUGAUGCUGUUUUGUCUUCACUUGGUGAAUCUAUGGUGCCCUUAGAAUGGAGGAGUACCCUGAAAAUUAAGGGUAUUACACAUGUUGGUCCUGGUCCCACUAUGCUUAAUUUCACCUACCUGGGUGAAAAGAAGUUGGCAACCAUUCAGAAUGUUUUUGCUGUCAUAAAAGGAUCAGAAGAACCCGAUCGCCAUGUUCUGCUCGGGAACCAUAGAGAUGCAUGGACUUAUGGUGCUGUUGAUCCCAGCAGUGGGACAGCUGCCCUACUUGACCUAGCUCGGCGAUACUCUAUUCUACUGGCUUCAGGAUGGAAGCCUAGGAGAACAAUCGUUCUCUGCAGUUGGGAUGCCGAGGAAUUUGGCAUGAUAGGAUCCACUGAAUGGGUUGAACAGAACCUGAUCAAUUUGGGUUCCAAAGCUGUAGCGUACCUUAAUGUCGAUUGUGCUGUUCAAGGCCCUGGUUUCUUUGUUGGCUCAACUCCUCAGCUAGACAGUCUUAUUCACGAUGUCACGAAAAAGGUCAAUGAUCCCGACUCUGAGGGUGUAUCAGUAUACGAGACUUGGGCUGCGGCUGAUGGAGGAAAUAAUAUUCAAAGGCUCGGUAGAGUUGAUUCUGAUUUCGCUCCAUUUGUACAACAUGCAGGGGUUCCAUCGAUUGAUAUCUAUUACGGAAAAGAUUUUCCUGUCUAUCACACUGCUUUCGACUCCUAUAACUGGAUGGCAGAGUAUGGAGAUCCAUUCUUCAAGCGCCAUGUUGCUGCUACUGGAAUUUGGGGCCUUUUAGCCCUUCGUCUGGCUGAUGAUCCCGUUCUUCCUUUCGAUUACUUAUCAUAUGCAAAUGAGUUAAGGUUGUACAGGGACAAAUUGAGCAGCAUGUUAGACCAUAAAAUUUCUCUGCAUCCGUUAACCACGUCAAUAGAAGAAUUUGCUUCUGCUGCCAAAGAAGUUGACAAUGAACUAAAGGAACUUAGAUUGCUAGAAACCGCAGAUCAGUUUGUUGAAAUGAAAAGGCGAGCGAUGAAUGAUAGACUGAUGCUUGCAGAAAAGGGCUUCCUAGAUGGAGAUGGACUUAAAGGAAAACAGUGGUUCAAGCAUCUUGUGUUUGGGCCUCUGAACGACGCUGAGAAGUUGGAUUUUUUCCCUGGGAUCGCUGAUUCUAUGACUAGGACGUCAACUGGCGCAAUCAAAAAAGAAAGGCUAGCAGAUAUUCAACAUGAGAUCUGGAGGGUUACCAGAGCCGUUCAAAGAGCUACUUCUGCACUGAGAGGAGAAUUCACCUAGACACUAAUUUAAAAACUGAUCAUAGAGUAGAUGGAAGAGUGUAUGUUUGAGUUACAUGUAGAUAUUAGUGUUCUUUUUUUUCCACAACAGGAGUAGUAGUGGUUAGCAUUUUGAUUUGUAUAACUGUAUAUUAAGUUACCAAAAGCGAAAUAUCGAUAUUUCGUGAGUUUUUGCCCUGUUAGAUUAGGGGAGACAUAAAAUGUGUACGAUACAGGAGAAGCAACUUUUUCAUUGAAGAUUUUGAAUGGAAUAUAGGUAUAACUUACAACUGCGAAA